CCAUGUGCGUGUGAUCCGGUGCAACAGAAAAGCAUGCUGACUGCACGGAGGGCCUGUGCGGCGAUGUCUGCUGGACGCCUUGUCGGAGCUUCUGUCUCCUCAGCACGCACACUCCGCUCUCUGAUCCACACCUCUGUACCGUCUCAGGACCGGGUCGACCUGCACUCCGAUUGGGCCAGUCUGGCUAAGAAACAGCUGAAGGGGAAGAAUCCAGAGGACCUGAUAUGGCGCACACCCGAGGGAAUCAACAUCAAGCCGGUGUACACUGACGCAGACUCGGCUGGCAGGGCAGAUGAACUGCCUGGAGUGUUCCCCUACACUAGGGGGCCCUAUCCCACCAUGUACACCUACAGACCCUGGACUAUCAGACAGUACGCUGGCUUUAGCACUGUGGAGGAGAGCAACAAGUUCUAUAAGGAUAACAUUAAAGCUGGACAACAGGGUCUCUCCGUGGCCUUUGACCUCCCGACUCACCGCGGCUAUGACUCAGACAACCCACGAGUCCACGGCGACGUUGGCAUGGCCGGGGUUGCUAUAGACACGGUUGAAGACAUGAAGAUGCUUUUUGACGGGAUCCCACUGGAAAAGAUGUCUGUUUCAAUGACAAUGAACGGAGCUGUGAUCCCCGUGUUGGCCAUGUUCAUUGUGACCGGAGAGGAGCAGGGUGUGUCCAAAGCCAAACUCACCGGCACCAUUCAGAAUGAUAUUUUGAAGGAGUUUAUGGUCCGCAACACCUACAUUUUCCCGCCGGAACCUUCCAUGCACGCCAUUGCAGACAUCUUCGCGUACACCUCCAAACACAUGCCCAAGUUCAACUCCAUAUCCAUCAGUGGCUACCAUCUUCAGGAAGCCGGAGCUGAUGCCAUCCUAGAAGUAGCCUACACCAUCGCUAACGGCCUGGAGUACUGCCGCACCGGACUGACAGCAGGCUUAACCAUCGAUGAGUUCGCCCCAAGGUUGUCGUUCUUCUGGGGUAUUGGGAUGAAUUUCUACAUGGAGAUUGCCAAGCUGAGAGCAGCCAGGAGGUUAUGGUCAACGCUCAUUAAAGAAAACUUCCAGCCCAAAAUUGCCAAGUCUCUCCUCCUCCGCACACACUGCCAGACUUCAGGCUGGUCCCUCACUGAACAGGAUCCGUACAACAAUGUGGUCCGUACAGUGAUUGAAGCUAUGGCGGCCGUGUUCGGGGGGACACAGUCACUCCACACCAACUCGUUUGAUGAAGCACUCGGCCUGCCAACUGUGAAGAGCGCUCGGAUUGCCAGGAACACACAGAUCAUCAUCCAGGAAGAGUCGGGCAUCCCCAAAGUGGCUGAUCCCUGGGGGGGCUCGCACAUGAUGGAGUCACUCACUGAUGAUGUCUAUAACACAGCUCUAAAGUUCAUCAAAGAAAUUGAAGAGGUGGGAGGCAUGGCCAGAGCUGUGGCAGAGGGAAUACCGAAACUUCGCAUUGAGGAAUGUGCUGCUCGUAGACAGGCCCGUAUUGACUCAGGGUCAGAGGUCAUUGUCGGAGUGAACAAGUACCGUCUGGAAAAGGAGGAGACAGUGGAGGUGUUGGCGAUUGAUAACACCGUCGUACGUGAGAAACAGAUUGAAAAACUGAAAAAGGUGAGAGAAAGUCGUGAUGCAGAGGCAGCGCAGAAGUGCCUGGCAGCCAUUGAGGAGUGUUCCCGAACCAAAGAGGGCAACCUUUUAGCCCUGGCUGUGGAGGCAGCUCGAGCCAGAUGUUCUGUUGGUGAAAUCACUGAUGCCAUGAAGAAAGUGUUUGGUGAACACAAAGCCAGUACCCGGAUGGUCAGUGGUGCUUACCGCAGCGAGUUUGGGGAGCAUGAAGAGAUCGCUUUGACCCACAACAGAGUUACAGAAUUUAAGAAUAAUGAGGGCAGGAACCCUCGACUGCUGGUGGCAAAGAUGGGACAGGAUGGUCAUGACAGGGGUGCCAAAGUCAUCGCCACAGGGUUCGCUGACCUGGGCUUCGAUGUGGAUAUCGGGCCACUGUUUCAGACUCCCCUGGAGGUUGCCCAGCAGGCAGUGGAUGCAGACGUGCACUGUGUCGGUGUCAGCACGCUCGCCGCAGGACACAAGACCCUGGUCCCUGAGCUCAUCAAGGAACUACGGAAGCUCAACAGACCAGACAUCCUGGUGAUCUGCGGAGGUGUCAUCCCACCACAGGAUUAUGAGUUUUUGUACCAGAGCGGUGUGUGUGCCAUCUUCGGCCCAGGAACCAGGAUCCCACAAGCUGCAGUGGAGGUUAUUGAGAAUAUCGAGAAGAGCCUGGAAAGCAUCCGACAGGCCAUGUGAAAAUACAGAAACCAUUCUGUUUAUUCAGGCUGAAUCACAAGUACCUGCAAGUGGGAGCUCAAACGGCUGUAAGGAAUCUGUUUUGAUUUGUUGCGUUAGAUUGUAAAGAUUAUAAAAUGUCAUUCCCCAAAGUGAGAACACAGCAUGUGCGUUAGUCACAGUCAAUAACAACCUUUACAAGUGUCAUUAGGUUUGAACAUUACUCUACAUUCUUUUUAAUGUCAAAUUUCGGUACAGAACGUUUCCUCAGUUUGACAUUUUCAUUCCUGUAACUCAGCCAAUAAAAAAGUGACAUCAUUUUUCAGUUACGUUUAUUCACAAUAAAUGCUUGAAAAUUAGGAGACACAUCUUUAUCAGUUAAAUAAGAGGUAAUUUUAUUAAUUACUUUGAAAUGUUCUUUUUUUUUUUGGCCAAGUUAAAAUUGGAGAUGUUGCAGUGUUUUUACUAAUCCUCUGUUAAUAUCUGAUAUUUUCCAGAAUAAUAGUGUGAAUGUGGCUCUCAUCAGUACCCACCAUUAACAAAACAGCACAGCACUAGAGACCUGCUUGGAGUGUAAUACUUUAGUAGAGUAAUUAGUGUUUGAUUGGAGUUAUGUAGCAGGUUGUGAUGAGCGGCUGUGUAAGAGAUCCAAAUGCAGAAAUCUUCAGUGAAACAAAUCACCUAUGAACUCCUUCACCCUGUCACUUGAAUGGUUCUACUAUCUUGAACGUGGCCUUCUGUUGCCUUGAACUCUUGCCUGGAUUCAUGUUUAAUAAGAGAGCUUCUGUUAGAAGAAACCACACAACAGUGAUCCUUAUAUGUGAAAUGGUGGGGAAAGUAUUUUUCUACUUGUAAUGCUGAUCAGAUUUAUUGCUCUUUGGUUUAAAUAAAGUAUGUGAACUUUGAAAA